CGAACGUCCGCCUGCAAAGGUAAAAAUACGCCCCGGCGUUUCAGUUGGCCGAACCGGCGCUGCGGACUCCCGGAACUGGGGCAGUGGCCACGUUGCUUUCUUCUCAGAUGCCGGGGGAGGUCGAUGUACCGAGACCUUCCGUUAGGAGAGUGGGUGAAAGUCGAAGGGUUCGCCUUGUGCAACUGAGACCACAUGCUUUUGUGCGCCCACAGAGGCAACCGGGCAGCGUGCACUGUCCCACCACUGACGAAGAAAUGGAGGCCAUCAGGUUCCCUUCCGGUCACAGGCUUGGGCGAACCAGUAUGGCUCUCAGCCUCCAACCCAAAGUGUGGCUAGACAAGCUCCACGCCAUGUCUGAUCCUAGGACCCGAGACUACCCGGUAGUCUUGAAUCCAUUCUUCGUCACCCUGAUGCUCAUCGCCUACCUCUACUUUGUCAAGGUCGCCGGGCCGAGAUGGAUGAAGAACAGGGAACCCUUUCAGAUUACAAACAUCAUCCGCGUGUACAACGUCGCCAUGAUUCUCGUGAACAUCGUGGCCAUCUUCGUGAUUCUCAUUCCCACGUACCUGCCCGGAGGCACGUACAGCCUACUCUGUCAGGGACUGACAGGCAAAUCGCCCGAGCAUCACCUUAAGUACUACAAGUACGGCUGGAUCCUGGUUGCGUGGCGAUACGCGGAUCUCUUGGACACCGUCUUCUUCGUUCUGCGCAAGAAGUUCAAUCAGGUGACCCAACUUCAUGUCAUCCACCACACCAUCGUGGUCAUCAACGUCUGGUUCUACACGCGCUUCGCUCCCGAGGGUCAGCCGGCGCUUGGUCUAGCGCUUAACAUUUUCGUGCACAUCAUCAUGUACGUAUAUUACUUCCUCGCCAGCUUCGGAGCCCGCAUGCAGAAGUACCUGUGGUGGAAGAAGUACCUUACAACAAUGCAAAUCGUGCAGUUCCUCAUUAUCAUCGUGCACAUGUCCAUACCGCUCUUCGUCGACUGCGGAUUUCCAAGGCGAGUCGUGCACAUAGCGAACGCCCAGACCUUCCUCAUCCUCUGCUUGUUUAUAAACUUUUACCUUCGGUCGUACACGCGUUACGACAGCAAAUCAAAAGCUGACUCGGAGUCCUCAACCAGUGCUAUCACCAGCCCCCGCACACUCAGCAAAGGAGAGAAAAAGGAAUAGUGAGAAAAAAGUGCUUGUUCGCUUCAACAUAUGCAUCCGUUCAAUGACUUUUGAAAUACUACUCUACAAAGUUCGGUUGUUCCUAUGUUGAAAUAAAAUGAUCAGGUGUGUAUGCAUGGCAA